AUGUCGACCAGCAGCACUGCCAAUGGUGAUCAUGAUGAGCCAUAUUGGCUCGGCCGCGCAUCUGAAGAACAAAAACGUCUCGUGAAGCAACACGGCAUCUGGACAAAAGCCAUCGGCUACUCACUCCACCCAUCAAUCGCCCCAAAACUCCCGCAAAAUGCUCGAAUCGCUGACGUUGCAACCGGCACUGGCGUCUGGCUUCAAGACAUCGCCUCCGUCCUACCAUCAACCUACACCUUCCACGGCUACGACAUUUCCUCGGAGCAAUACCUCCCAGCCGAAUCGCUCCCAUCCAACGUCUCUCUCCACUUCCUCGACUUCAAAAAGCCCAUUCCGUCAGACCUCCAAGGCACAUACGACCUCGUGAACGUGCGCCUGAUUACCGUGUCCAUGGGCCCCUUUCAAAUCUGGCUCGACACUCUUACCAACAUCAUCACGCUGCUCAAGCCCGGCGGCUGCAUCACCUGGACGGACGGUAACUUUCUGAUCAAGCGCGGUUUUCGCGGCGCAAGUGGAACGUCGUCGGCGGGCCAUGCGCUCACAGCGGGUCAGAACCAACUCAACAGCACGCUCAAGAAGCGCUUUGGCUUUUCGUUUCCAGAUUUCGACGAGUUGUUUCGCAGCGCCGGACUUAGGGAUGUCGAGGUCGAUGUGAUUAAGGCGCGAUUUCACGGAGAUUGGGAUUGGGGCGGUGUUUGGUGGGUUGGGGAAUUUGAGCAAGGUGGAUGGGGACGGGUAUUGGAGUGCGCAGGAGGUGGAGGAGAGGAAGAGGGCGGCCGUAAGAGAUAUGGAUAG